AUGAUACAGGGAAAGAACCAACUUGGGAUAGGAGUCGCCUGUUCGGCGCGACGGUUUAGCUGGCGUCAAAGCAAAGUCCAAUCCGCGGCGCCAGUCAGACAGCCUCGUCCGUCGGUCCUCGGUGCUCGUCCCGACGGCGUUGCGACGCCGACGGGAGUCUCGACGCCAGGAGGCGACCUCGUAAUCACCUAG